AUGCACGAAGUUCCUUUUAAUGACAGGCGACCAGCAGCUCCAUCUGCAUGUCUAUCCAUGACCGGUAUGUCAAUAAAAGUGAUGUGGGAUGGCUUGUUUAGGAAAAUUGCCCAAGUCUACGAACCAGAAGCGUUCAAGUCUAUAACGACUGAGUGUACCCCAUUAUUACUCUUUGACGCAGCAAUUGCACCCAGUGAUCUUGUAGGAGUCGAGAAAUCAGCCCUGACGAGAUUGUUCCAACCUUUGUUCGUCCAUCACAACCGCGAAGGCCAAGCAUUGCUCCGUCUAUCCUUUCAGAUGUUGCUAUUCGCCAUUGUAGAAUUUGCUCCAAAUUUCUUAAGCAGCGUACUUACUGGUCAUCUCAAUGCAGCGUACAGCAGCGAAUUCAUGGCGGCACGGAGUCUGGCUCUCACUUUUAAUAUGGUUACAAGCACGACGCUGAUCGCGGCCAUGAGCACUGCAAUGGACACACUCUGUGCUCAGGCCUACGGUGCUGGUCAACUACAAGAGCUGGGGUUAUUUUUUCAAACAGGAUUGCUUGUCUUUUGCAUCGGCUUCCCACUUGUAGCCUUUGCCGGUUUCAACUGCGUCGAGCUUCUCGAGUUUGCAGGCCAACAGCAAGAUCUAGCUCGGCUCGUGCAAAGCUUAGUUAUAUUGGCUCUUCCUGGUGUACCUUUUACGGCUAUAAAUGUGCUGAUGAGUAAGAUCUUACAAGGACAAAAUCGCGUCGAGCCACUUGUGGCUAUUGGUCUUGUUGCGAGUAUUUUGCAAGCUACACUACUAUACAUCUUCAUGUUUCAGACCCCACUCGGGAUUACUGGUUCAGCUGUGGCCAUUUCAGCAACUGUGGUUUGCUACGCCGUGAUUUUAUCAAUGUACAUGUACUGCAGCGGUAUAUUUCGACGUGAGUGGCCAGGCUGGCAAUUCAUUAAGGCCGUUCGGUUUCUUCCUGAGUUCCUGCGCCUGGGUGGUUCAGGCAUGGCCAUGUUUGUGUGUGAGGUAUGGGGCUUUGCUUCUGUAGGUUUUGCCUCUGGUUUGCUACCGCAUGCAGCCGCCGUGGUGAGUGCCGACUCAAGCUAUGGCAACCUACGAUGGCUCGGUGCACUCUGGUACGUCGCCAUUUCACUCGCAGGCUCAGUGAGAGUUGGAAAUGCGCUAGGAGCAAACGAUCCCGCACGUGCUUGGUACUCAGCAAAAUUGGCACUAGGCUUGAGCACAGUCUGUGCUUUCGUAACGUCAGUGGCUAUGUUGGUGCUCCACAGCGUGCUACCGUUUGCAUUUACAAGCGACGAGCGAGUCGUAUCCCUUACGUCAAAGUUGUUACUUCUGACCAGUCCGCUCCAAGUCUUUGCGGCACUUUCUGCCGUCUCUCAGGGUAUUUUCCGUGGAUGUGGUUUGCAAGCACUAGGUGCAAAAGUUAACUUUGUCUGCUACAUUUUGUUGGCUGUGCCUCUGGGUCUGUUCUUGGCGUUUACACUUGAUCUGGGUUUGCUUGGACUUUGGCUCGGGCUUUACGUUGCAUUAAUUUCUAGUGGAAUCUUCAGCACGUACUGGCUAACAUUUCGUGCAGAUUGGACAUCUCUUGCGUACAAGGCGCGGAUGCGGACAACCUGCGGAAACGUUGCAUCACGUACAUGA